AUGCAAUGUAGGAAAGAAACCACUCUUAGGACAAUCAAUCUGGAAGAGAAUAUUUCACUAAAAUCUGAGUUUAGUUGUUAUAGCACUGGUACUUCCAAGAAAACUGUUGAACACUAAUCUAUGACAAGAAUGCAAACUAAUGACCUCUAAAAUUCUAGUAACUCUAACUUUAAAGAACAGCUCGAGCUCGAUAUAAAUGAUGGCGAUAAACUGGAUGAAAUUUUAUUGAUGGAGGAUGACACUUACUAAGAUAUUUUUACUUAGUAGAAAAAUAUAUUGAACAUUGUUGAGUGUGAUUAUGAAAUGGAGGAACCACUUGAGAAUCAUUUUAAUCUCGAAGUUCCUGGUUAUGAAAGGGGUUUACAGUAAAUUGGACGAGGGUUUCCCCUAGCAAUUAAAAAUCUCAAGUAAGAAUAAAAUCUGUCACAGUAUCAUGCAAAAUAAAGGAGUUCCAUGUUAUGA